GUGAGGCCAGCACUCAGUCUGUCAGCAGAGCUACUGUGGAUGAGACACCACUACAAACUGGGAGAGACUGGAAGACAAGAAGGAGGACCUGAAGGAGGAGGAGGCCCUGGGGAGGUGGUCAGGAGGAGAAAAGAAGAAGAAGAAAGUGAAGGAGGAGGAGAGCUGAAGGACUCAGACUGCAGAUUUGUGUUGAAGAAAAGUGACGGGUGACAUCAUCCUCAGGAGCGGAGUCAGAAAAGAUGGCGUCCUGGUUCUGCUGGAUCUGGACGGUUCUCAUCCUGUUCACAAACACCUCGUCUGAGCCGGCUUCUCCACCACGCUACACCCUCCAUCACACCAAGGUCAGCUUCGACCGCGCCAUGGAGGUCUGCUUCCCCGGCGUCCUCACCACCAUCACCACCGAGCAGGAGGCCGCCGAGAUCCUCCAGGUCGUGUCCGGGUCAUCUCACAAUGAGAAUCAGUCCACCUUCUGGGUCGGACUGAGGAAGGUCAAGAAAGAGUGUGUGGUUCCCACGCUGCCGCUGAGAGGCUUCAAGUGGACUGAGGACGGCAGCGAGGAGACGCAGGUGAGCCGUUGGACCGAGGAGCCCAAACCGACCUGCACCAACAUGCGCUGUGCCGCCCUGAGGGUGGAGUAUGGCGGGUUGACAAACACCAAGUGGGGUCUGAUCCCUGUCAGCUGUAAGAACCAGAACCAGUUCAUCUGUAAGCUGACUGAUAGACUGACAGGAGUGACACUGAAAUCUGCUGCACCAGAACCAGAACCAGAACCAAAACAUGACCCAGCUACACCUGAACCAGAAACUGAACCAGAAACUGCUCCAUCAGCUCUAAAAACACCAGAACCAGACACUGUUUCAGUGGAACCACAUAAACCUCACCCAAAAACUGCUACACAGAGACCAGAACCAACUGGACCUGAGCUGCAGGAACCUGAACCUGAUCCUGGUUCUGACCCAGAGCUGGAGUCCGACUCUUGUGAGAAAACCCCCCUGCCCAGGGUCGAUGGAGCACGCUACCUGGCUCUGGACUCGGACAACAGCAGUAGGAUCAAGGUGGAGUGCUGGUCCUCGGCCCCAGUGGAUCUCCACUGUUCGGGCCGACCCGCCGUGUGGCGUCUGCCAGACGACUCGCCUGCCAACCUCACCACUGUCUGCCAGCCGUGUGGCCCCUGCAGGCACACCUGUGUGAACAUAGAGGGCUCCUUCAGGUGCGUCUGCACCGACAAGGACGGGAAACACCACAACGCAGACUCGCCAGAGUGCGUGAGUCCGACAGACAACAGCCUGCUGUUGUGGGUCCUUGUUGCCGUGGCAGCGGUGGUGCUGGUGCUGGUGGUGGUUGUCGCGGUGACAGUAAAGUGCUGCCUGAUGAGGCGGUCGAAGAAACGUGCCAUGAGGAGGGCAGAGAAGAUGGCGAUGAAGAGCAAGGGUGGAAAGGACUCCUUUGAAACAGCCAAUGAGAAGGCAGCGAGAUGAGGGAGCAAAGCUGUGAUUGGUUGAGGGCAAAUGUGGUGGUCAGUCAUCCUGUUGUCAAAUGAAAACAUGGCAACUGAAACUUAACAGGAAGUGAAACAGUUUAUUUUUUGUUGAGUCUAGAAAUCAGAUUUUCUGAUUAAAAGUUUUUAUUGAUUUUAGAAAUGAUUGAUGACAUCAUCAGUGUCUAAUGAACAUGAUCAGUGUGUGUGUGUGAGGUUCAGGUUCUCACUCAGCUACGGUAUGUCAUAUAGCAGUCGUGUUAGAGCGCCACCAUGUGGACAGUGUGAGGACGCUCCUGUCUGAGCCUCUCAGUGUGUGUUCUGAUUGGUUUGUACAGACCUGACUCGGACUUGUGUUACUUGUUUUGAAUCAUUGUUUUAAUAAAUACAAAUAAUUUAACUCAAGAACAAA